AUGACACUAAGCUAUAAACUGCAAAAGUUGAGCCAAAAUAAAGAAUUCGCUCUGAAUAGCACGGCAGUUGAGUUCGAUGAAAAAUUACGGAAGAGGUUUUCCAAAUAUUUUGAUCUCGCUCCAGAGGCAGAUACCGCAGUCACAGCGGCUAUACUAACUCCAAAUGUCAAACUGAAUUGGCUUUCCGUUCUGACAAGGACUUCUAGCAAUGUAACCCCUGAAAUUAUCAUCACACGAGCUUUAGAAUGCAUUUCAAAAUUCGCUGUUGCUGAAAAACUAGUUCCAACAAAGCAGAGUUGUUCUAACCAUGAGGAUGAAAUCGCAUUUUUUGAUUUGGAAGAGAUUAAUGCUGACGAGGAAACGACAACUUCACAGAGCUUGGGCUAUAGUAAAGUAGAGCUUGAAAGCAUUAUCAGGGAGCAGUUGUACUCAUAUCUUGCGAACCCAAUAAAAAAUUGCGCAGUAUGGCAGAAGUAUGACUUGUUAAAACAAGUUUCUCUCUAUUUUAAUAUGCCUCUGACAUCCUCAGCGCCUGCGGAGAGAUUGUUCUCUUUCGCAGGAAUUAUCAAUAGCGCCACAAGAAAUGCUUUGAACGAUUUUUCAUUUGAAAAAUUACUCUGUUGA